AUAUUCUGGCUGCUAACAUGACGUCUCAAGUCACUUCAGUUGAUCUGUCCAUCGUAGGGGGACAGGAACCCCCAUGGGCCGCAAGAUCUAGUUACUACGCCAGCUUAUACUCGGUUCAACGCUCAUCGGAAUUGGUCUCAUCAACCGAGACUCUGGACACUCCCACAUUGACAGCUAGCGUUAUUGAGACUACGGCAGUCCUGACAAGGAAUACCACGAAUAGCACUGGGCUCUCAACAUCCUUCACCUCAACGUCGACAGGAAUACCGUUUACAAUGGCUUGGACAACACCGGUUCGGACACCAAUACCCCCUUUGACAACGAUAUUCACAGCGCCAGGAUCCUGCUCGACGAGGCCGUUCACCUUGUCAACAUCAAACAACAGUUUGGUCGGAGUUUGGGGCCUUUCAUCGGACUUCGUAGAUCCUUGUUACCCUGAUGGCUGGGCUACAGCGAAGGAGAACUUCUACUCGCCCGGAGCGUGUCCAGAGGAUCAUACCUAUGCUAGCAUCGUAUUCGGUACGGCAACUUCUGAUCCAUACACUAUGGUCAACUGUUGUUCCAGUGUCAGUGGCAUGGAACUCUGGGACGAGGAUCAAUGUCUCACCUUAAUAACCACGUCUACAUACUUUCCCAUUUACUGGUUUGGCCACUCCCUUGGCAGUGAUUUGGGGUUCACACGAUCUCCCGAAGUUUACACCAAGCGCUGCUCCAGCGGUAGCGCUAGCAAAAAGGAAAAACAAGACGCAGGAACCACAUCCUCAGGACUUUCUGUCGGCAUCGGCAUCGGAGUAGCCCUUGGUAUGCUCAUAUCAAUGGGAGUAAUCAUUUUCGCUGUAUUCCGAAUCCGUAAAAAGCGGGCCAAGCGACUGCAGGUUGCUUCCAAUUCAUCAAGCGAUGGAGAUCUCAAUCCAGAGCUUCCUGGAGAUUCAUCGACGGAAAGAGAAAUUAUGGCUGAACUCGAUGAUCAGACCGAGAGUAAGGAGAUGGAGGGAGAUGCGAUGUUUCCUGAGCUGGAGCAUCUCGUCAAAAGCUCAGAGCUUGAAGUGCCUCAUAAAAUUCAUGAGCUACCUGGA